AUGGUGUUCUCUUUCUACAAACUGUCUAGAUAUGAAAGGAUAAGAGGUACCAAUAUCAAAAAAUGGGCAAUUACGAGAGAGACCACGGAGAAGGUGAACAUUAUUCGAGAACGUAUUAAGACUGCACAGAGUCAUCAAAAGAGUUACACUGAUAGAAUACGUAAAAGGGUUGAGUUAAAUGUUGGAGAUUUCGUGUUUUUGAAGGUCUCGCUGAUGAAAUGUAUCAUGCAAUUCGGAAAGAAAGGAAAGUUGGCACCUAGAUUUGUGAGACCAUAUGAAAUCACUGAGAAGAUUGAUAAUGUGGCUUACAAAUUAGCCCUACCAUCUGUUUUAGCUACGAUUCACAACGUGUACCAUGUAUCUUCAUUGCGAAAGUGUGUGCAAGACCCUUCCCAAGUAGUAUCACCAGAAGUGUUAGAGAUUAGUGAUGAUCUCACGUAUGUGGUGCGAUCGGUUACUAUUCUAGAUCGGGAUGUAAAGCAAUUGCGGCGCAAGAAAGUAAACUUAGUGAAAGUGCAAUGGAGCGAGGAUGAGAACGAUAUCACUUAG